GAUGGAGGCAGUAAGUAUCUCUGAAACACUGUCAUUAUAUACCAGGCUACACAGCAUAACAUCCCAGGAGAUAGCUAUCAUAAUAUGUCUUAAGACCUGUAACGUUUAUAUGAAACAUUUUUUUGAAUGAUUUGUGUAUUUAAAAAGUGUAAGCAAACAGCAAUUUGUCUCCAUUCACUGCAUUAUCAGCACUUUCAUUCACUUUAUUCAAGAAUAUAAUUUAUGAGCAUGCCACUGGCAUUGACAGCCUAUCAGCAGUAAAUGCGCAUGUUUUUAAAUGAAUAUACAAUUCAGUAAUGGAUGCAAAAUUACAGAAAUAUAACUUAUUUGUACACCUUUACACUCUUGUUAUGGAAGUGAGUACAUUGAGAUGAUUAAUAAUUCUGAAGCUUAUGAUGAAAAUGUGAUGGGAUGUGACGAGUUGUGUCCAGUUCCAUACGUGUAGCAGUCUUUUAUAUCUGAAUGUGUGUUACAUGGUCUUCAGAGGACUUAGACAGUCUGAAAGCACAUUUUUCUUAUUUAUACUGCGUACAGUUAAAAUUAGAAUAACACUUAAAUUUUUGCAUGUUUAUUUAAUGGUUUCUCACAGGAAACAUUACUUCAUAUGUAAACCAGUUGUGUUCUUUAAAACUUUUAAUCUUGUUAACUGCUGCAUGGCAUUGGUAGACGUGGUGACUAAACUGUUCUGAAUUUAUUUUUGUUUAAUUGCAAAAAAGUGUUGUGUUAUAUUUGAAAAUUAUAUCAUGUUAAUUGAAGUCUUAUUUCAUGGAAACAAAAAAUUUAACAUUUUGAUAUCAAUGAAUGUGUGUCCUGAGUCAACAUUGUAUUGAAUUAAUAUCUGUUUCUGUAUUCUUUCUGGAAUGUGAGAGAAUAGUUAUUUCAUUCUAUAUGUGCUCUGAAUUUUACAUAUUUCUAGUAUGAUCAUGAAACAAAUUACUGUUUUUGAAGAUGAGCAUUUGUUAAUCCUUGCAUGCUUUUUUUCUUGCCUAUGCCAUUAACAAAUCAUCACAACCAUUCAGCUGUGCAAGGAUUUUAAUAUCUUUAUGCCAUUUGUUUUGUAGGCACCAUGCAGUUGUUAGAUGAAGUGUGACAGGAUAUGUCCAUAACCCCAUCAUUCUACUGUCGAAAGAGCCCCAAGAUUGCAGUUUUGUUUAGCUUGCUUGCCAGGCGUUCUGUCUAUGAUUUCAGAAAUUUUAUGGGUCCUUAUCAGAAUUACAACAGUCAGCUGCAUGCAUCUGUUUGUUUGAUAUUUCAUGUUCAGACAUUGAUAUAGAUAUUGCCUGAUUUUCUUGAAUCUUGUUUAUUGGAGGACAACCCAUCUUAUACUUUUUAUGCUGUUUAAAAUGUAACAUUUAUAAUAAAUCCUACACUUUUAAAAAACUUUUAAAAUACUUUUAAAAUUAACACUGUAGAUAUAAAAGCUGUUGUGACUUACAAAUAGACAUAAUCAGUGUACAAUAUCAGUUUUGUAGUUUAAUUGGAAUAUGUCAUCACCAGUUUCCAGUAUGCAAUUUAACAAUUAUGAGUUUAUUGUGGUUAUGUUGGUUUUCAGGAAAAGUGUUGUAUCAGCUAUUUCAUACUUCACUCUCACUCUUUUAGCUCAAAUGUCAGCAAAUUGAAAUGUUACAGGAGCAGGAUAUAAGCAUUUUGGUUAAAAGUUUCCAGAUGCAUCUCUGUUCCCUAACUACUUUUAUUGCUGGUUUAGUUCUUUAGUUUAAGAAUAGAAGUGUUUUUUUAUUUAUGCUGCUUAAUUAUGGGAGAUCUGACAUUUUCUUUCUUUGUUUUACAGAGAAUUGAAGAAAACUAGUUUUAUUUGUUAUACAAAUUCAAGAGGAGACGAGGAUCUAAACUCUUCUAGCCUUCGGUCCUUGUCUGGUGCUAAUUUUAUUAAUCAUGUCAGCCUUAGAAGGUCCUAGCUCCAGAUAGAUGGUCAUCAGUUAUUACUGAUGUAAUGUAUGGUCUUCUUUGUGGACUCCAAAUUCUGCCUAUGCAAUUCUCCUCCGGCAAUAAUCUCAGGGCUUCCAUUGGAUACUUCCAGGACAUGGUGACAGUCUUCACCUACACUUGACUUCUAGACACAAGGAACUGCAUGAUCUCGUCGAAGGAGGAACUUUAAAAUCGGCGGACAUUGUCAAUGUGGGUUGUCUGUUCGGAGACACCAGAACUGUGGUGAAGGACAGUGGUGUUUGCUAGAAGACCGACGGUGAGGAGCCCUGGCUGUGGGUCGGCAGUCGACACGCGAGGAGGCAGCUGUUGGCAUCAUGCAGCACUGCAUGGGUUCCCCGCAGCAGUUCUGUCUGCGCUGGAACAACUAUCAAAGCAAUCUGACCAAUGUAUUCGAUCAGCUUCUUCAGAGCGAGUCCUUCGUGGACGUGACCCUGGCUUGUGAUGGGCAUUCAGUGAAGGCGCACAAGAUGGUCCUGUCGGCCUGUAGCCCAUACUUCCAGUCACUGUUUUUCGAAAACCCGUGCCAACACCCUAUUGUCAUUCUUAAAGAUAUAAAAUGGCCCGAGUUGAAGGCCGUCGUGGAGUUCAUGUACAGGGGCGAAAUUAAUGUAUCACAGGAGCAGAUAGGCCCACUUCUGAAGGUGGCAGAAUCGCUAAAGAUUCGUGGAUUGGCCGAUGUUAACGGAGAUCCUGAGCCCGGACCUGCCGGGGAAGGAAAGAAAAGCUGGGAUUCUAGGCAAGGUUCGACACUCCAUGACACGUCUGAGAACGUAAUUUCUCCUCCUACGACCCCGCAACAGCAACAGCAGCAGCAACAACAACAGCAGCAGCAGACGAAUCAGCAACAACAGCAACAGCAACAAACAACUCAGCAGCCACAGCAGCAACUCCACCGGCAGAAGAAAAGACGUCGUACGUCAGGGGAGAGGAGCAGUGUCAGUAGCCCUGAAGAAAGCUUAGGUGCAGAAGGACUAGAUUCCAGUGCUUUAGAACUCUCUCCCCAGCAGCCACCCAACGCCAUGGUGAACUCGCAGGGCCUACCACCGCCUCCACCACCGCAGAAUCACCCCCACGGGCCGACGUUGGUUCCAAUCCCAGGGGAUCCCGGGCUCCCGUUGCCUCCCCCACCGCAUCCUGACGACAUGGAAAUAAAGCCUGGCAUCGCCGAAAUGAUCCGCGAGGAGGAAAGGGCCAAACUGCUUGAAUCUUCGCAUGCUUGGCUCGGUGCCUCCACGUCGUCUCUUGCCGCAGACAGCUACCAGUACCAGCUUCAGUCAAUGUGGCAGAAAUGUUGGAACACGAACCAGAGCCUGGUGCAUAAUCUGCGGUUCCGUGAACGUGGGCCGCUCAAGUCUUGGCGACCUGAGACCAUGGCUGAAGCAAUCUUCUCUGUGCUGAAAGAAGGACUGUCCUUGUCCCAGGCUGCUCGGAAAUAUGACAUCCCAUACCCCACGUUUGUGUUGUAUGCCAAUCGUGUGCACAACAUGUUGGGACCUUCAGCUGAUGGCGGUGCAGACCUGCGACCCAAGGGACGUGGUAGGCCACAGAGGAUCCUGUUGGGGUCAUGGCCAGAGGACCACAUCCGGGGGGUGAUCAGGGCUGUGGUGUUCCGUGACACGCAGCACAUCAAGGAAGAGCCACACCUUGGCUAUCCCCGCCUGCAGGAAACUCUUUGUUGUCAGGAACCUCUGGGAGUACAGAACUACCCCGGUGGGUCGUGCAGUAAUGGGCCAGAGCCAACAGUGUCACCAGGCGCAGCAGCUGCAGCAGCAGUGGCUGUGGUAGCUCAGGGACUGAGACAGCAGAUGUGCAGUAUGGUGGCUGCUGCACAGCACAAUGCAUCUCUAUCUGGUGAUGCUGGUGUAGGACUAGUGAACAGCCUGGGUGGACUGGUAGGACACUGCAACAGCUUGGGGCUCCCCAGCAAUGGUACCACACAUGGUGGCAUGCCUAGUCUUGGAUUGACCAGUCCAUUGGGCUCCAGCCUUCAUGUUGCAAGUCCUGUGGGCUCAGAAUUGAGGGCAGGCAGUCCAGCAGAAUCAGUGGCUGCCAGUCCCAUCCCAUCGCCACUUGGAGGUGGCAGCAGUGGAGCUACACCUACCCCAACAACUCCAAGUGGUGCAUUGAGCAGUGUGGAAGUGGGAAUUGGUGUGAGUGGCAUGACAUACAAGCCUACAGCCACCUUCACCUCUCCUCGGCCUGAAAAUCUCUUCCAGGAAGACAUUGAAGACAUUGUUAAGAGUCCACAGUUGAGUUCUCCAGACAGUCUUGUUAAAGAGCCCAAGGAAACCAUCACCGUGAAAGUGGAGCCCAUCACUGGCAGUCCGCAUGAGUAGAGCAUGCAAGUAUUGAUUUGUAUUGUGAUAUAUCAUGUAGAGUAGUUUUAGAAUUAUACUGAUGUUCAAAAAAAAAUAUCAAGAAAAUGACCCAUUUUGUAGCCUGAUUUGGCAAGGUCCAAAAAAAGACUUGUUUAUGCUAGCAGAAUUAUAGAGAUAUAAAAACAUAAACUUCCAAAAAUAUAUAUAUAUAUAGAAGAGUAAGACUUCCUAAAAAACUGAGUUCAAUAUAUAAAUUCUAGUGCCAUUAAUUUCAAAAAAACGUGUAACUGAUUAUAGUAUGCAAGGUUAACGUCUUAGUAUCUGUGACGUGCAUUUAGAACCCUGAUGCUGUGUUAAGUGUAUCAGAUUUAUGCUGAUCCUUAGCAUGUUCUAUCAGUUUAUUCACCCCUUUUAGAACUUGACUUUGCUGUCCAGAAAGUAAGGCAGUAAUACUUAAUUUUGACAAGAAAUGCUUUUUAUCUUUGUCGGCAAUAGUGAGCCUUGUUAACACAGUAAGCUUGAGGACAGGUUGAUUAUCCUUGAUUGUGCAGAAUUUCCAUUGUUUUAGGACAAACCAACUGUUAGGAAAAUAAAUGCAAUCAGUGUUUUCUUAUUUUCAUAUCUCUGUAGUAUGAGGCAUUAGCUGAAAGUUAAAUCUCGCCUUCGAGUUUUACAGGUAUCAUGUUGGAUACUUUGUACAUUGCUAGAGAUUUAUAUAAUUUAUAUGUUACAUUAUUUGAACAAUCUUGGAUUAUUUUAAUAGAUUUUCAGACAUUUGAAAUUGAAACAAAACAAUACAAGAGAUAUUGAUAUUUGCACACAGUACAGGGAAAUGUAAUAAGAAGUGUGCUUGCUGUUGGUUAUUUCUCUUUUCAAGAGUGUUGAGUAGUAUUCUCACUAAGUGAGGGAAUGUAAGGUCUUAGUAGUAGUUGCAAAACUUAGAGAAUAUAUACAUAUAUAUUAUCAACAUAUUUAUAUUUUGUGGAAUAGUGAGAAUGUGUGAGAAAAGAUAUGUGUGGUGCGUUUUCCAUGUUUGUUAGUAGUGGCAGGCCUUGCUGUUGGCCAGUCAAAAGUGUGGGUGUCCAGUAGCAAGUAUUAAUGUGCUGUGUCGUCUCCAUUUACCAUACGCAUCUCACAUAGUAUUGUUUCUACCCUUCUGUAAAUGCCAGUAUAGUCUAGUCAAAACUAGCUUGAAGUGAAUCACAAAAUAUAUCAAUACUUAUUUUUGUGAUUUGUUUGUUUAGGACUAAUGUACAAAAUUUAUAUUACUAGUAAAAUUAGUAGGAUUAUUUGAAAAUGCCUUCCUGCCUGCCAUUGGGGUAUGCCAAGAUUGAAUUGAAGACAUUGUUGACACACAAACAAAAGAAGUGAUAAAAAGUAAAUUAUAAUGAAGUGGCCUUGAAAUUCGUUUUGCUUAUUAAAUCAGUGGAAAAUAAAAUAGCUAUUUAAAAAGUGGUACCGUGAAUUUGUAGACAAUCCUAUUCUUGAUAAAUCAAUUUUUUGCAUAAGAAAUUUGUAUACUUAGUGGACGCAAGCAACUUACAUAGCAUUCAUCAACUUGUGCCUAUUGUGAAUGUUUUCAUGAAUAGGUUGUACUGCAAAGUUCACGCAAAAAUGUAAGUAGAAAUGAAUGUCCAUUGUUGUUAGUAUUCUUGGCUUAAAUGUGUUCAAAAAGUAGUAAAGUGCCUUCCAUUUUUCUGACCACUUGACAAUGUGAUCAAAUCAUGUCAACACAUUUUCUUUUAGUGAAGUCUGAAAAACAGAAAAACCAUGAAACUUCAUUUUGGUAACAGGUAUCACCCUAAAUGGCACAUUUAUUUCAUAUCUGUAGAUCGUAAAGUUACCGGAUGUCUGCGUAAAUUUCUGGCACUGGAAAUACAAUCUUGUUACACAUCAAAUGCUAAGUAUUAGAAUAGUAUAUCAAUGCAAUAAUUAUGAUAAUGUAAUGUGUCAUGUUACUGUUUUGUAGUAGAGAUCAAGAGAUGACAUACUGUGGCUUAGAAAUCAUGUACAGUACCUUGAAACAUAUUUCAACUUAAAUUUUUAUUAAUGUCUUAUUUAUUUCAGCUUUCGCCCUAUCUGCUUCGCUUUCCAUGAACAACUUGACAUGUGUCUGACAAUCUGGUGCAACUUUUUUUUUUUGGUCAUUUGUGUAUGCAAAUUAUUCUUUAGUAUACUGCAUUUUUUUACCUGCUUUUUCGCAGUUGGCAUGAACUCGGUAUAUUAAUUAAAAUGUAGUCUGCUUUAAAUGUUUAAACAGUUAUAUGAAGAGAAACUUUCAGAACAUGUGAACUCUCAGUCCAGAAAUUGGUACUUUAUUUUGAGAGACUUUUUGUGUAUUUUAAUUUGUCUCCCGCUUCAUUUGACUUGCAUCUGAAGCAGCAGAUAUAUGUUGCACUGUAAAGAACCUAAUUUUAUAGCUCAAAUAAGUCAUUAUUACCUUGAAACUGUUGGCUUCUGUAAGAAGUGAAGGCUGUUGGUAAUUUGUUUUUCACACAUUGUAUAACAGUUGACGGAAUAAUAUCACUGUAGGUUCUGUUCAGAUUCAUAGCUUCUUUUUGUCUGAAGCUGAGGUGGGAUUUCUUCUCAUUAUAUAUCAUAUUUUUAUCUAUGCUGUGAAGGUAAAUAUAAAUUGAUCCUGGAACUUAUUAAGCUCUGUGCCGUGAAGAUCUGUGGAUUAGUGGAGAUAAAGCUCUACUCCUCCUUGGUCUCAGCGCUAGAUGGAGGUGAGUGGACAGUUUCAUGCUUCAGCUGCUUGACGCCCAGGAAAAUUGCCCCUCAUUCCCAUUGGAUAGGCUGAAUAGGUCCCAGAGCCAGUCUAGAUGCAGAGGCUAGGAGAAAAGUCUCUUUUGCCUCCUAGUAUGAUGUGUUGUAAUGUAAUAUAAUUUAUGUAUUUAUUUUUCAUGCCUUAUCACAUGGAGUUGUAGCAGGCACCCUCACUAUUCAGAUGCAGAAUUUCUGGCUUUGUCAUCAUCUUCAGAUAUAUGCGUGUUUUACUUUGAUGUUUGAAACACUUCUCCAACAUGGGGAUUAGGUUCCUCAGAUUCAUGCUAAAGUAAAAUAAAAUUCACGCGUGUCCGAUUCUUAUGGGGAUGGCUUAUCCAAACCUCUUGAACAGAUGGCGUAUGUGCCAUACCCACUUGAUACAAAAGGGAUGGAAUAAAACUCAGAUAUGUUAACCACAUGUAUGAACAGUGUAUAAGCAUUAUUAAACAUUAUUAAUCUCUGAAAACUUGUUACAUGUCACAGUUAAUAUAGAAUCAAAAGUAAUGCAUUUUAACAAGAUAAAUUUCUGGUAGGAAUGGACUUCAUCAUUCCUACCCGACAUAAGAGCCAUCUCUGAUCAAAUAAGAUAGGGUUACUGAUCAUGUAGGAAUGAGACUUCCGACAGUGUCUCAUUGUAUGUUGUAAAAAUUAAUUAUAUACAUAUAUAUUACUUUUACUAUAAAAGAAUAAUAAUAACUCAUUUAAGAAUUCAGUCUGUUCCACAAAGAAAGCACAUCCCUUCACCCUUAUGAAGAUCAGUUUGUUACUGCUGUUGAUAUAAUCCCUGUUUAUGUUGUAAAUUAUAUAAAACCCAUAAAUACAAAGCAAAGAGUUACCGAUAAUUGAGGCAGAUGGGUCAUGUAGUUGCCAUUGGGCUCCAGAGGGUUAAUCAGUAAAUAUUUGUCAAGUGGGUGUAAUUCCACUAGAUUGUCACUUCUUUCAUUGUAGUCAUCCAUCCUUUAGAAUUUGAGACACAGCAUGUAUACAUGUGCUUUUGUGCAGUGCGGUGUUUUCUUUUCUUAUAACACAGACACGACAAAUUAUAAGUGUUUGUAUGUGCCAUCGUAUGCAUGUGACUUAACCUGGCCUGAUAUUUCACAAGAAAUUGUUUUGAUCUUAUGAGUCAUGAUUUCUGUGGGCAUCUUGAAGAGACAUCAUCAUCUUAUUGAAAUGUGACACGUAUUGAAGCAGUUUAGAAUCCCUCCAAUUUGCACAUGUUGGCUUACCCUUCUGAAGUGAAGCACGUUUCUUUGUCGGUGAAUAAAUGCAAAUUUCGUUAAUUGGGCACUGCUCUGGUGACGUUUGCUUCAAAGUUCUUUGCCAAGUUGUACAUGGAAAGAAGGUAUAUAACAAUAUUCUAAAUUGCUAAACACCAUAUUUUUAUGCAUUCCAUACGGUGCAUAAGAAAGGUUUUGGAAAUUGUCUCCACCUGCAAACUAAAAAUGUUAGUAUGGAACUUUCUUGUUUAUAAAUAUAUGUGAAUCUAACAACAAAGACCCAUUUGCCACUUUUCUAGAUAAAACCCAAGUUUCCUUCAUGAGGAACAGUGGAGAAUAUACUAUCAAGUGGAACUUGAUACUAUUUUUCUAAACAAAUGUACUUUGGUAUAUUUUUGCUCUCCUUUCAUUAAUUUUGUCUGACAUUGUUUCGUGAUGGCGCUUGGUUCAUUGUUGUUACAACUUUGCAGCAUUGAAAGUCUUGUAUAGUGACUGAAGGAUUCAGUGUUGAUGUAAGGGACAACUAUGAAACCGUAUAUAAUAGUUCUUAAAUACCAAAGUACAAGCAUAGGAAAGUGCAGUGAUAAAACAGUUCUCGUUUAUAUUUUGUCACCCGAUACAGCAUGUCCUCCCUGGUUGAUGCUUUAUAUGGUAUUUUUGAGUGCCAAAGAUAAUUAUUUAUGUGCUCUGUUUGCACCAUUUCUUUCAAUACAUUGCUGAUUGUGUGUAUGUUGUGUGCGUCGUGCGCACACUUGCGAGCUCUGGAAGCAAACAAUUGCUUCUUGUGUUAUUGUUGGGGUAUUACUGUUGUGUGAUCUGAGGAUAAGACAGCAGACAGUUUCUGUCGUACCACCACCACCACCACUGUGAAGCGAGAUGCCGAAUGUAAAGGUCGUAUGUAACUCAUUGACAAUUGCAGAUGAGAUGUGCAGGCCUUUAGGCAUGUCACUGUAUUUAUAACAUAUUUAUAUGAUAAAUGAGUUUCUCUUCCCUCUUUCCCAGUCCAAUGCUCGAUGUAACAUAAUGUGCUCCUUUAAGUUUGCUAAUGUGAAUAUGUACUGGUGUAUUCAAUAAAAUAGUUGGAAAAGUUAAAUAUGGUUA